UAUAGAGAUUACGCCCAAAGUUUGAAACAUCGCUCUAUCUAUGGAUUUAACAUGGACUAUAGAGAAGAAAAGCUGUAACUUUUGUUACUAUAAAUGCCCCUUGAGAUCACUGAUACCUGGCAGUGUCUGCUGGGAGGGGCUCAGGCACCUACAAAAUAAGCAUUGCUACUCCACCUGCCUUAAUACAUUCUGGAUCCCCUCUUCCCCAUGGGGUAACUUGACUCCUACUAAUAAAAGUGCAAAGUAAGGUUGAUUAGCUC